AUGCAAGCAAAAGGUAAAAAAGGCGUUAUCGAACCAAAGGCUGAAUUAAGUCAACGUCAGACGACGAUGAAUCUACACACAGAUUUAUUAAGGCGAGAUAUGGAUCACAAGAAUUACACGAGUGCUGUAGAAAAUGCCUUUAAAAUCUGUGAGCAAAUGAACACGUCGAAUUUGUCACCACGACUGUAUUAUGACUUGUAUUUACUUCUCCAACAAUGUUUGAGUGUAUUGGAUAUGUAUCUCCGGUCAGACUAUGUCGCUUCCGGAAAUGAUCUUUUAGACUUAUAUGAGGAAGUCCAAGGGUUCCCUACGGUAGUGUCUCGAUUGUAUCUGAUGUGCAUUGUAGGCUCUUCAGCCGUCAAAACAAAGAAGAUAUCCGUUGUUGUGUUUAUGAAAGACAUGAUAGAGAUGUCGAGAGGAAUCCAACACCCGAUUAAAGGGAUCUUUUUCAGAGGGUAUAUUCUCGACUGUAUCAAAACGGUCCUCCCCGACUUCACUACGGAAAACCCGGCCGAUGGAAAUUUGACGAAUUCAAUUGAAUUUCUACUGAAUAAUUUCUCGGAGAUGUGCAGAUUGUUAGUGAGACUGACACAAGGCCCACGAACGAGUGAAGAACAAAUUGACGAACAAAUGCAAUUGUGUCAGUUUGUUGGGAAGAACUUGACUUAUUUGUCGAAUUUAGAAGGGGUUUCCAUAGAGUUGUAUUCGACUAAUAUUCUUCCCCGAUUUUUGGAACAAGUCUUGUUGUCUCGCGAUAAAGUCACACAAGACUAUUUAUACGACGCUUUAAUUCAAGCGUUCCCUGCUGAAUAUCAAUUGGAAACAUUACACUUGUUAUUACAUUCCCUUGGUGGAGUUGUUGCCAAUGUUGGUAUUCGUAGAGUCUUAUGUAGUUUAAUGGACCGAAUAAUGACGCACUUGAAGUUAAAUCCACAAACGGAAAGGAAAUUGGACAUCUUCCAGAUCUUCUCGACACACAUCACACAGAUCGUUAAAACGCAGAACUUGAGCUCGGAAGACUUCUUAAACAUUUAUCUGUCUCUCAGUCGGUUGGUCAUGGUUUGGCAUACUGAGGAAGAAAGCUACAAGAACAUGAACAUCAUCAACUCGAUCAUUUACAACUACUUGACGAAUAUCCAGACCAUCGACAUUAACACAGCAAAGUGCUUGAAUGACGUCUUGAAGCUUGAAAUGCAGAAGUACAAAGUGCUUGAAGCGAUGCAGUUGAAGGUCUAUCCCGAGUUAUUGAACAUUUUGCCAUAUACCUUGCGCCAUGAAGCGCAUCGAUUUAUUGGCGACGUCAUUGGGAAACAAGACGAGAAGUUUAAGAGUGGGGAAGAGAUGGUUUUGGCCAUUCGAUGUGUUGAAACGUUAUAUAAGGAUUCCCAAGAUAUGGUGCCAUUGAGUCAAGAGGAACUGACUGUAGAUGCCAAUUUGUUCAAAACAGUGAUUUUGACGUCAGUUGUCGAAAAGGGGAGCUUCUUUGAGAUUAUUAAAGAAGCCAAAUUUGCAGCACAGUACUCUGGAAAUACUCGCGCGUUAAUGAUCUUGCCGACUAUUGUCUCGAUGUAUUUACGAGCUAUUAAUGUCGUUGAAAACGAUAAUAAAAUGUUCCGCGAGGUCUUAGUCAUCAUUAAGAAAAUUAAAGCACUUUCUCCAUUGAUUGCUAUUAAGUGCAGUUUAGAAGCUGCUGGAGUUGGAUCGUUGAAGGGAUAUGAGAACACCAGUUACUUCUUCGAAUACGCACUUAUUGUGUUUGAAGAUGAAAAGGAGUUGGACAAGAACGUCGCGUUGAACGAAAUUGUACAGGCACUUGCGUCGUGUCACGUCGACAAGAACGGAAAUGAAAUUUAUGUCGCGGGGUGCCUCAAGUUCGUCUCACAAGUCUCAGACCCUUACUUGAGAGGUAAACUCUUUGUGAAAGUCUCAAGCGCACUCUUCAAUGAAAAAGCUAAACAGGCGAAAUUGGCGGUGGUCGCGUUACAUAAAGCAGUUAAAGAAGCAGGCAUCUGUAUGGUCCCGGAGCAAAACAUUGAACUUCUGAUCGAUAUCCUUAACGUCUACAUCGUUCACUAUGUCAGAGAAAAUCCUGAGGUCGACGCUGAGUUCAUAAAUAACUUUGCGGGCGUUAUUAAGGAAAAUAUCUCACAGACAGACCUUCCAAAUCUACAGGCUUACUACCAACAGACAGUCAAGAACGUCGCGGAACGAAAGGAAGAGAAGAUCAAACUACUGAAACUUUAA